AAAUUCCUCUUUUCCGUUUUAAGGUGUAUGUUUGAUAUUACCAGCAUGAAAAUCACGAAGACUCGAGCACACUUUGUUACCAAUUAUGCAGCGAAACUCGCCGUCCUUCUAAUUAUCACUUUACUUUUAGUCAAUUGUACCACCGUGGUUGCCAAAGGCGGUGGUGGAGGCGCUCACGGUGGAGGUGGAGUCCAUGUUAGUGUCGGAGGUGCUCAUGCUAGUGUAGGAGGAGGCCAUGCUAGUGGAGGAGGUGGUCAUGCUGUUGAAGGAGGAGGCCAUGCUGGUGGAGGCGGUGGCGGACAUGGAGAAGAAGAAGGUGGGCAUGGGAUCGGAAGAGGUGGUGGUAUGGUUCAUCGACCAGCGACGAGGAACGGAGGCUCUACACUAACUAUUCCCUUUGUCGAUGGAUCUACAACUGUUUUCAUGAUCAUAUUUUUUUUAUUUAACUAAAGCUCAAUUUUCUUUGAUAUAUUUAAAUUUCAUGAUUUGAUUUUGGUAGUUUUUUUUUCAUUUUGGG